AUGCGAGAUGACCUCAAGUUUCCUGACAUCAAUGGGGAAGCCAUUAGAUAUCUCACUCGCAUUCGUCAAGAAGUUUUUGAAAGCCAUGAACGUCGUGGAAUAAUUCCGAGGUUGGAUAAUAUCAUGGCAUCCCUGAGUGAACCAUUAUCACCGGAGUGGAUCGAUUAUGUCCUGUGCUACAUACCCGACGUAAGCGUCAUGCCAGUUGAUGGACAGGUAUUUGUCGCUUGGAAAGGCAAACCAUGCACUUAA